CCUGCAGCUUGAGACAAUGACCUCAUCGCGUCUCCGCUUUUACGCACGGGAUGCGCGGGGUUAUUGCGCAACAUUUACACUUGAUCUGUUUUCUCUUCUUUGAUUGGCUGUGAACACCUUGUAUGUUACAUGAGUUCACCUCGCACACGUUGAGUCCUUUAAGGCCUGAAGUACAGAGCAGCCGUCUGCUCACCGCCGCUGUGUCUUUGUAUCACAAACUUGUUGGUCGUCGGUAGCGUUUCAUUAUUCAUUGGCGGCCAAACGCAACCCGAGCGUCGCCGCUGUGCCUCGCGGGGAGCGUGUGGAUGACACCAGGAGCUUCUCCCCGCUGGUCGGACAAUAAGUUCAUGUGAUGACUUGCUGCUCAGGCUGGAAGCCACAACCGUCCUCUCACGUCACGUCUUUCAUGCUCAUGGACGCUUUGUGUCCUUUCACAUGCAAAACAGGGUUUUCAUCUUUUGAUGAACUUAUGAGGGCUCUUGACAGGUCCUUGUGGGGUGGGGGGGGCUUCACCUCCCCGUCCGUGUGCUCCUUGUGUGCUUUCUGCGUGUGAAGGUGUUUUUUGAUCAGAGGUCUGUCUGGCGUCCACAUGAAUGAUUCAUUUUCAUGAACUAACACGUCUUCGUUUUGUUUUAAUGAUGCAUGAUCGAGCUGCUGUGGAUCAUCUCUACUGAGGACAAACGGACAUGCAAGUUUAAUGUCCGGAGCACUCACACAAUGUACGGGGAAUAAAUCUAUAACGCUCCACACUACUCAGGACCUCAGCAGCACCUCGCGCGCUCUUCUUGAGUCCUGAUGGAGAGCAUCUCCACGCUUCAGGAACCAGGGAGGGAGCAUCUUCAGACCUCUUUUCUGGAGCAGGAUUCACAUGGCAAUCAGCUGCAUCCCAGAGGAGAGGUCAUCACCAUGACGGCGUCCUUGCUGGACUCCUCCCCCUUGUCUAUGGCCGGCCUCUUCCUCUUCCUCCUCCUCCCGACCUCCGCUGCGCAGGACGCCGCCCGCCCGCCCCCCCAGGUGCUGUUCGACCAGCUGACCCAGCCGGAGUGCAGCAAGAAAGAGCACCCAAAGGUCUCCGUACAAGCUCUGAGUCCUUGGAUCUCCUCUUUCUCCCCCCUGGGCGUGAGAGACUUCUCCCAGCUCACCCUGGACCUGACCAGGAACGAGCUCAUCGUGGGCGCCAGAAACUUCCUGUUCAGACUGGACCUCGUUAACAUGUCGCUGAUUCAGGUAGGAGCGCUGACAUCUUCUUCCACGUCUCCCUCACAGCUGAGGAUGAAGGUUUCCUCCUGGUUCUGAGGAUUAUAAUACAGCAUGAUGAUCAUCUAGUAGAUGAUGGUCCAUUUAGAGUCAACCUGACCAUAAAGCAGCGAGGGGGCGGGGCUACACGCUGAUUGACAGGUCUCUUCCGAGGAUAUUUGGUCUCUUCCUGUUCACCGCUUUAACAAAAACACGGAGACGCUCUGGAUCCAGGACGGCGCCACUGAAACCGCUGAACCGCAGAUUCUGUAACAUCAGUCCGCCAAGCGUCGCCAUGACUACAUCCACUUCUGUUCAGUCCGUGGACGUGAAUGAGGGCGGCGCCUUCAAUCGAGGCGAAGUCAGAAAAGUAGAUGCUGCUUUCUGACUUUACAGCUACGGAGAAAUGAUCUGUUCUAUGAAACUAAGACACUUCCCCAAACAAGUCAACAGGAUAUGUAUUCACAUCUGGAUGUUAUUUUAUCACCUCAGAGGACGUAACUGGGUUGUGUGUGUGUGUGUGUGUGUGUGUUUCAGUACAGCCGGCAGUGUUGGCUUUCUGUUGGCUCCGAGGCACAUGGGUUGCUGUUCAGUUGCGUCAGUCGUCACUGAUGACAAUCCCCUGUGUGCGUGUG